AUGAUCAUGAAACUAAUUAUCAUAAUCUAUCGUUUAAGGAUGAAUAACAAAACAAAAGUGCAAGUGAAACCAACGGCGUCGUCAACAACAAACUUAUUCAUUCCAGAUUGGAAAUGGAACAUUUUGAAAAAAAGAAAGGAAAAAUUAUGUAGUGUUGAUUCAACACUUCCAACUAUUCCGCAGUGGAAGUUAGAAGUGCUACGUAAGCGACAGGAGCAAAGACCGGGUCAAAGUUCAAAGAAUAACAGCUUGGAAAGGUAUCAACGUGGUAACAGUUUGGAAAGGAAAUAUUUAAACUGCAACAACGACGAAGAUGACAUAGCUGUUUUUAAUAAAUUAUUAAGGAGGGAUCGGCAUAUGCAUUCCUCUGUUCCUAACCUCAAUGAAAUAAACACCUAUCUAGACAUCUACAACGACGAAUUAAACAGCAGCGAAAUCGACAACAACACAGAAAGAUUGAUUCCCAUCAUAAGCAAUCCAAUUUUGAGAUCUGAUCUGGAAGUAAGAAGAGCCAGACUAUCGUUAAAUGACGAUGGCGAUUAUGAUAAUGACGAUCAGAUGAUAAAGAAAUUAAGUGAAGAAAUAAAAAAUGAGGAUAGGCCGUUGGGAGAGGUUGAAUAUGGGAGAGGAUUUGUUGGUAAGCUGCUUAAAAAGUUUUCAUCUCUAGUCAACAUCGAGAAAGAUAGUAAAUUCAAAAUUAAAUCGAAUUUUUAUACAAACAAUAACAAAACAGCGUGUAAGAUCAUCAACAACAGUAAUAACAAUCAGCCAGUAAUAAAAAGUGGCUUGUUUCACAACAGCAAUAACAACAAAAACAAAAACCUUAAUAACCAAAAUAUGAAUAUUCUUAACAUGAGCGAUAAUAACAGCAAAUUGAACGCGAUCACUUUAACGCGAAGUGUAAAUUCUAAGAACAAUGAAGAAGUUCGUAAUAUCUCUCACGACAGCACGACAGCAAACAAUCAGCGCAACUUUAACGACCAGUUUAGCUAUCAUUGUUCUACCAAUGCAAGAGCUAAUCGAAAAUUUACUUCAGACAAAGGCGGUGACAGAUAUUUAUGGUUAAACAGCUACGAUAACUUAUAUUCUGAAAAUCAUAGUAUCAUUAGCAGCAACAGUUUGGAUAGCGCUUUUGUUAACAAUAACAAGAAAAUAAAAAAAUCUAGUCAAAGUUUGUUGAACGUUAGUGAGGUUCAUUCCGGACAUACGAACCAAACUGCACCUAAUAAGUCGCAAAGAUUGUCCUUGUCAGAAGUUGACGAAUUUCCGAAAGAAAAUCAAGUAAAAUUGACCAAGUCAGUGUUUGAGAAAAGUUGUUUGGAUACAGUUGAUCAUCUGGACAGGGGAGAUAUGAUGUCCUUACACAACUCCAAAUAUUAUAGUGCGAAAGCAAAAACAGGUGAUCCAAAAAAACCAUCAAAUCAGUCGAGGAAUAUAACCAACAACAUUGAGCAGAAGAGCGUUAUUUCUGGAAAACAUGGAAGAAACCAAGUUGUCAACAACGACAUAAAUUUGCCAGAUAUUUUGGUUUCAACUUCAAUACAACAACAAAUCAACACGGACAAUAAUAUGAAACAGAGCAAAAAUAAAAAUGAACCAAAUUACAAAACGUACAAUUCUCCACGUACUGUCUCCAACUUACCGACAUCUUACCAAAGUCUUUCAAAGACAGCAACGCCUGUACAACAACAACCGACUGCACAUAACAUUAAAAAUAACAACAACAACAUCAACCAUGACGACAACAUCAACCACAACAGUGUAAACAAACCAGGCAGCUUACUAAUAAGAUCAUCUUCCAAUUUAAUCUCUCAAACGGUCGCUCCUUACAACAACAUCACCAAUCUUCACAAAACAAACAACAGCACAUCAAACAGAAAACCAUCGUCUAACAACAACCAACAAGUGCAUGGUACUUCUUAUCAAAACAACAGAAAGAAUAAUGAUGGUGAUGACGACGACGAUGUUCCAGUAACAAACAUAGAUAGUAUUAUGAUGGAUGAAGUUGUCGAUACUAAUAUCAGUUACGUCAAUAACAACAAUACAAACAACAUCAACGCACAACAACAUUACACUCAUCAACCAAGAUCCCCUAGUUCAACGUCAUCAUCAUCUGUGUCAUCAUCAUCAUCACCUUCAAAGUAUUCGAAGUCUAGGCAGCAUUCUCCUCCACCAUCUGCUUUUAAAAAAUCACCACCAUCAGUAACGUCAUCAUCGUCAUCAUCGUCAUCAACGUCACCAUCGUCACCACCAUCCAAUAACGUUGGUACUAUUUAUGGCAAUGGUGUUUUUGAUGAAUCGAAAGAAGGAGAACCCGUGGAAAGUUCGAAAAGCACAUUCACUUUUGAAGGGGAAGGAAUUAUUUAUGGAAAGUCUGUACUGGCAAAGAAUGAGAAGAAGACAAAGACAAAAAAAAGUAGGAGUAAAUUAAACACUUUCAAAAAUGAUGAACAGGCAGUGACUUUUGUAGGGCCACACACUCCUCCACAAAUAUUUGAGUACCCAGCUGAUCCAUAUGAUGAUUAUGAUCAGCAAUCGUACCGCUACAAUGACUACAAAGUUGAUGGUGAAGAUGAUGACGAUGAUAAUGAUGGUGAUCGCGAACGAGCAAUGAACGGCGGAGAACUACUUUUGAUGAAGAAUAAAAAUGUGUUGAAGUCGCCAUCCGUUGGAAGUUCAACGUUAGCUUCCUACAAAUCAAGAAACCAAGUAGAUUUCGAAUUCGGGUCGACCAAUCAGAAUUUUUUCAAUUUAGGUCAACAAAUGAACGACGACUACAACUUUAAAGCCGGUGACCAUGACCUGAUUAACGGGGAAAUGGACUAUUUGGUCCCUGCCGCACCCAAUCCGUGGUCAAGUUCAGUUACAGCUGAUAUUCUCUUCUAG